ACCAAUCAGAGUCCAGAAACUCGCAGACCACGCCUCCACACCGGCUAACCACGCCCCUAAUCAAUAGUACUCGCCGGGCCGGUGGUGGAGGCGCUAAUCUAAGUGUGGGAAGGGGAGAUGGACCAGCCGUGAAACAGGGGGGAAACGCUGUGCCUUCUGAGCGAAGUACCAGGACGAUGGCCGGGAUUUUUGACAUCGAUUUGGACCAGCCGGAUAUCGAUUUCUCCGGCGACGAACUCGAGGAUGAGGACCCCUUCACUGAAUCCAUGGAUGAAAGCAAUGGCUAUGAAGUUAUGGAUGGCUGUGAGAAGUUUGAAAUCUCGGAGAACACUGUGAACAAAGGCACGGAGAAGAUCAGGCCGGAGUGUUUUGAGUUGCUAAAAGUGUUGGGCAAAGGUGGCUAUGGCAAGGUGUUCCAAGUACGGAAGGUGACUGGUACCACAUCUGGGAAGAUAUUUGCCAUGAAGGUCUUGAAGAAAGCGAUGAUUGUGCGUAAUGCAAAGGACACAGCUCACACCAAAGCUGAGAGGAACAUCUUGGAGGAAGUGAAGCACCCUUUCAUCGUGGACCUCAUCUAUGCCUUCCAAACCGGAGGGAAGUUGUACCUGAUCUUGGAGUAUCUCAGUGGGGGUGAGCUUUUCAUGCAGCUGGAGAGGGAAGGCAUCUUCAUGGAAGACACGGCAUGUUUCUAUCUGGCUGAGAUUUCAAUGGCGCUGGGUCACCUGCACCAGAAAGGCAUCAUCUAUCGAGACUUGAAGCCAGAAAACAUCAUGCUCAACAAAAACGGGCACGUGAAGCUGACUGAUUUCGGCCUUUGCAAAGAGUCCAUCCACGACGGGACCGUCACACACACCUUCUGCGGCACCAUUGAAUACAUGGCUCCGGAGAUCCUCACCAGAAGUGGUCACAACAGAGCAGUGGACUGGUGGAGCCUGGGGGCGCUCAUGUAUGACAUGCUGACAGGAGCGCCUCCGUUUACCGCUGAGAACCGCAAGAAAACCAUCGACAAGAUCCUCAAGUGCAAACUGAGUCUUCCACCCUACCUCACGCCAGAGGCUCGCGACCUCUUGAAAAAGCUGCUAAAACGGAAUUCUUUCAACCGACUCGGUGGAGGGCCUGGAGAUGCUGCAGACAUUCAGACGCACACGUUCUUCCGACACGUCAAGUGGGACGACCUCUUGGCCCACAGAGUGGAGCCUCCUUUCAAACCAACCCUGAAAUCGGCCGAUGAUGUCAGCCAGUUUGACUCCAAGUUCACCAGCCAGGCCCCGGUGGACAGUCCUGAUGACUCCACGCUCAGCGAGAGCGCCAAUCAAGUCUUCCUUGGUUUCACAUAUGUAGCCCCCUCUGUGCUAGAGAACGUCAAAGAGAAUUUCUCCUACGAGCCAAAGUUCAGAUCCCCGCGCAAGUUUCCCGGAAGUCCAAGGACACCUGUGAGCCCGGUGAAGUUAGCCAGCGGAGACUUCUGGCCUCGGGGACCUUCGCUGACCUCCACCUCACCGCUGCUCACCUACAGCUGUCCAGAUUCUUCAAUGGAACAGUCGACGGUGGAGCACAUGGAUACAGGCACAUUCAAGGUGUCGGCACCUCUUCCCAUCAGACGGUCGCCGGGAGUGAGCGCUGGGUUUUCCAAAAAACAAGCUUUUCCCCUGAACUCCAAGAGACCCGAACAUCUACGCAUGAACAUUUGACGUUUGGGUUUCAUGAAACAUUUAGGGCUUUUAAAAUUCCUUUUUUUCCUUUCCAAACGAUACUGUUGACGCCGAUCACCAGCUGUUUCUGAUCUGCCGUCGGGUGACCCGGCCAGCUGGAAUUAUGAUGGUUUAUUUUUCACUGCGAGCCGUUAUAGUUUUCCACUGUGGCCUUCACUCUGGCCACUUUUUGCAUGAGGCGCAUCGCCAACUACAUCUGUGAUAAUGGCUUGAAGAAACAAAAAAAGGUCGCUGGGCACCAUCAUCCUGUGUUACAAGUGCCUACGAUGCUAUGUUUACGAGUCACUUUCUGGAAUCUGAUCGAGCGGUUGGCACAGUUUUUUUUUUUUUAACAACUUUCUGAAACCUCGAGAAUGAAGACAGGUGAGGUUACCAGAGUUCGCUGGAGCACAAUUCUGAACUGCACCACUAGUCUAUUUACGUUGAAUGUAGCCAAUUAGUGACCUUAUUCAUCACCUUUUUUUUUUUUAAAUAUCUAAAUAAGAUCUCAGUUACACAUAUUGACUGGUGGUACCAUGUUCCGUAACGAGGUAUUGUUUGUAGCCUGAUAAUCUGCAUCAGAUCCACGACUCCUUCAUUUAAAGCUGCUAGCUUGGUGACAGCAAUACAUACUGACCAUGCCACUGUUUUAAGCAACCAACUGAAUUGGUUAUUUUUUUUAUUGCUUCAUCUUAAUAUGUGAACAGUCAUCCUCUUAAAUGUUGGAUUUGGUUGUUGUUUUUCCAUUCUUUGUGUUUUCAGGACCACUUAUGUGUUUGCAAUAUUUAUUUGAAGUGCCGUUGAGUUUCUAUUGUGAAUUUUAAUCUCUAUGCAAACAAGUUAUUUAUUAACAUAAAGGCAGCAUUCUUCUAUCAUGUUUGACUUUUGUAUUUUUCUCACAUGCUUCAAAGUCCAAAUGUAUUAUAUUUACAAUUCAUUCAAGGGCGGUGUUUUUGUUUUGUUUUCACAGAAGCUUUUUGAGCUGUGACUGAAACUUGAAUUUUUGUGUCGCUGCACAGUCCUGACAAAGCAAAAACAAAUGUGUGUUUGUGCCUUGUUCCUGAGAGAAAAGUGUUUGUACAGUUCCAUAUAUUGCUGUAUAUAGGGGAGGGGUCCAACACUAGUUUGUGUUGUGUCAUUUGUUCACAAGGGGUUGUAUAUAGUUUGUGCUUUAAAAUGUAAAGUACGUGUUCAGACUUGUUCUAUUUUGUGUUUUACUGUGUGGAUAUGUUUCAUCAACAUGAGAGAAUAAAUGAAUCUUGUUUGAAAAUGA